AUGUCCCCUGUGGCGCUGUAUUUGCUGCAUCUGCUGGACGGGAUCCUGCUGAGCCAGGGCAGCAAGGAGCAGAAGAGGCUGCCUGCCUUCAACAGCACCCUGGCACUGCUCCAACAAGUCAUCAAGUCCCCCAAGUCUUGCAGUUACAGUAACAUCACUGGAGGGAAUGAAAGUACUUGGGGAAAAUUAGUCAGCCAGCUGUGUGAGCCAGUGCUGUGGGCUCACGGACCCUACAAGCCAUCCCUGGCCUGGUGCUACCUGGGGAUGCUGCUGGAAAGGAAAGGAAUGUUUUCCACCACCCCAACAGGGAAGGACUGUGGGUUCUCUGAGACUGACCCCCUCAAUUGCUUUGGAAAGGCGAUAGAAACGGUGAAAGACAACCCUCCCAUCCUGAAUCGCCUGGCAAAAAUCUUCCGCUUCCUGGGCAAGCAGGAGGCGGCCAGAGGGAUAUGCAAUAUGGCACUGGAUGUCCUGCAGGAGCCACAGCUCAGCUGGCAGGCGUUCUGCACGCGGGCACAGAUCCACAUGAAGAUGUAUCUGCAAGAUCUGGAAUGCGUCAAGAUGGGACAGUGCCCAGUGCCUGACAGAAGGAAGCUCAUGCAUGCUGAAAAUGACCUUGAAAGGGUCCUCAAGGUUUGUCCAUGCCUGAGGACAAACCUGGUCAUGGGCCAGGUUUACUAUUACAUGAGCAUGGACGCUGUGCAAGAACUGUUCCUGGUGGAUGAACUCCUAGACAAAGCCAUGGAGUUUGACCUGGGCAAUACCAUACCCAAACUGCAGCUCUUCAGGGGCAAAUGCCUGUGGCUUAAAAGCCAGGAAACAUUUGCCAUUGAGCGCUUCAAGUGGGCCAUCAAACUGGACAAUGCGGGCUCCACCGAAAGCUUGCGGUGCCUCUGGGAGACACUGCUCGUGCUCUUUGGUCAGAAGAAGCUGAAGACGGAAACGCUGAUGCAGGAGGUGGAGCAGUGGGUUAAGAAAGCCGAGGAGAAAUUCCCACGGCAGCGCCUGCAGCAGGAGCUGAAGUCGGUGUGCGGCAACCGCACGCUGGAGGUGAUCCGUCUCUGCAAAGCUGCGAUUGCCUGGGGGAGGACGGAGCUGGUGAAGCUGCUGUUUGAGAUGAUGAAGGUCGAUUCUUCCAAGGGCCGGAUGAACGCGGGGUCACUGUCCCUCUGA